AUGCUGAAGCAAUGUUUUGAUCAGUUCUCCACAGCAUCUGGACUAAAACCCAAUCUCAACAAGAGUUCAGUCUACUUUGGUGGAGUGUGCAAGGUAGAUCAGGAUAUUAUCAUCCAACAGCUGGGGUAUGUACAAGGUAAAUUACCAUUUAAGUACUUGGGGGUCCCUCUUACUACCAAAAAGAUGAAGGUGGCACAAUGGCAACCAUUGAUUGACAAAAUAUUAGCUAAAAUAUCAUCCUGGACUGCAAGAAAGUUAUCAUAUGCUGGUAGAGUUCAACUUAUUAGAACUGUUCUCUUUGGAGUACAAUCUUAUUGGUCUCAAAUAUUCCUGAUGCCCUCCAAGGUGAUCAAGCUUAUUGAAGCAUACUGUAGAAGCUUCAUGUGGUCAGGAACUAAUGUCAUUACCAAACGUGCAUUAAUAUCUUGGGACAAAGUCUGUCAACCCAAAAGUGCUGGAGGGCUGAACAUCCUGAAUCUUAAAAGCUGGAAUAAAGCAGCCAUUCUCAAGCUACAAUGGGACUUGGCAACAAAGGCAGACAGAUUAUGGAUCAAAUGGGUUCAUAUGUACUAUAUAAAAGGGCACUCUAUUGCUACAGUCAAAGUACCAAAGCAAGCGAGUUGGAUGGUUCAAAAGAUCAUGACUGUUGCUGGUCCAAAUACACAGAUGCAGGGAGAUAAUGGCAAACGCAGCAAGAUCAAACAGCUAUACUUACAACAAAUUGGAUCAUUAGCUAGAGUUGAGUGGAAAGCAAUCAUGUUCAAGAAUCUAGCUAGACCUAAAGCGUUCUCCAUGUGGUUGAUCAUACAGGAAAGAAUGAUGACAACUGACAGGCUGAUCAAAUGGAACAUAAACGUGGAUCCAAUAUGUGUCUUUUGUGGAAAUCAUCCAGAGACUCAUGCUCAACUAUUUUGGGAAUGUACUAUCAUCACUGGACUAUGGGCAGGAAUUUUCAAUUGGUUACAUAUCCAGGUGCAAAUAAAGACGUGGGAUCAGCUAGUAGCCUGGUUUGUGGAGAAAGCAAAGAAGAAAUCUGUUGAAGGGCAGCUCUUGCGAAUGGUUCUAGCUGAAACUUUGUACAGUAUAUGGAAUGAAAGAAAUCAUAGAGUAUUUGAUAAGGUACAUAGAGAUACUAAGAGCAUCAUUAGAGAGAUAGCAUAUACGUGUAAUAUACGGGCUGUAGGCAAGCUUAGAGAAGUCCUGCAUCAAAGACUUCUAUAG